AUGGCGACGGCGCGACCGAGCGCGCGGACGACGUCCGCGGACGAGAUGACGAGCGAGGAGCUGGGGAAGUUCACCGCGUCGCUGUUGGAGCAGAUGCAGGGACGGUUUCAGACGAUGAGCGACGCGAUCAUCACGAAGAUCGAUGAGAUGAGCGAACGGAUCGAUGAGCUCGAGCGAGGGGUGCGGGAGAUCGCGAGCGAGACAGCGGGUCGAGACGAGGGCGGUGGGAAGAGGGCGGGGUGA